UGGUUGAAAGUGAAAAUGCACGAAGGGGAGGGAAAGAAGCCAAGCGGAGGAGGGACAGCUGUCCCUGACACACCACACACCCUGACCUCCUGGGUCCUAUUUCUUCAUGUUGGUUCAACAUUAACCCAGACAGGGCUGGGACUUCUCUUGUCCUGCUCCCUCUUCAUUUCCCCUGCAGCUGAGGCAUAUACCAUGAGGCACAGCAGAGUCAGAGUGCUGAGCAGCCUGCUCCUUUUCUGCCUUCUGCACCUCGUGCUGAGCCAUGACAGGGUUUUCCUUGGGCAGCAGCAAGCGCUUUCCCUGCUCAAGCGCCCGCGACGUGCCAACAGGGGAUUCCUGGAAGAGGUGCUCGAAGGCAACCUGGAACGGGAGUGUCUAGAAGAGAAAUGUAGCUACGAGGAGGCCUACGAAGCCCUCGAGUCCACUGUUCUCACGGAUGAAUUCUGGAGGAAAUACAGGGAAUGUGAAUCCCCGGGGAAGCUCAGGACAGCACUGGAUGAGUGUUUGGCAGGAAACUGUGUAUCAGGAAGUGGGCAGAACUAUCGAGGGACAGUUUCUGUCACCAAGUCGGGGAUUGAAUGUCAGUUCUGGACAAGCAAAUUCCCUCACAGACCUGAGUUUAACGUCACCGCCAAUCUGGAUGCCAAUCUCACCAAGAAUUACUGCAGAAACCCAGACAACAACCCAAAUGGCCCCUGGUGCUACACCCGAGACCCAGCAGUGCGACGGGAGGAGUGUGCUGUUCCAGUGUGUGGUCAGAACAAGACCACAGUUCCAUUUAUUCCCCGGACUCCUCCACUGGACAAAACAAAGGAGCCAUGUGAAACAGACAAAGGGCUGUAUUACAAUGGGCAUCGCUCUGUCACCAUCUCUGGGGCCAAGUGUUUGCCAUGGGCCUCAGACAAGGCAAAGGAGCUGUCCCAUGGAACUAUGUUUCUCCCAGAAGUGAAGCUGGUGGAGAAUUAUUGCCGGAAUCCUGAUGGGGAUGAUGAAGGUGUUUGGUGUUAUGUGCAUCAUCCAAAUACUACCUUUGAGUACUGUGACCUGCACUACUGUGCGAGGCCUUUGGAUGAGAUGGACGACGUAAUAGCAGGGCGGACCAUUACCCAAGAGCACCAAACCUUCUUUGAUGUUAAGACUUUUGGUUCAGGUGAAGCAGAUUGUGGCACCCGUCCCCUGUUUGAGAAGAAAAAGAUUUCUGAUAAGAGUGAGCAGGAGCUGUUGGCAUCCUACAUUGGGGGCCGGAUUGUAAAGGGGGAAAAUGCAGAAGUUGGCAGUGCCCCCUGGCAGGUGAUGCUUUUCAGGAAGAGUCCACAGGAGUUGCUGUGUGGUGCCAGCCUCAUCAGCGACCGCUGGGUCCUUACUGCUGCCCACUGCCUCUUUUACCCACCCUGGGACAAGAACUUCACCACAGAUGACAUCUUGGUGCGGAUUGGGAAGCACCAGAGAACAAAGUACGAGCGGAACACAGAGAAAAUCGCCAUGCUGGAUAAAAUCAUCAUCCAUCCCAAGUACAACUGGAAAGAGAACCUGGACCGAGACAUUGCACUGAUGCUCCUGAAGAAACCCAUAGUCUUCAGCGACCACAUCCACCCUGUCUGCCUGCCCACCAGGGAGCUGGUGCAGAGCCUGAUGCUGACAGGAUUCAAAGGGCGGGUAUCUGGAUGGGGAAAUCUGUAUGAGACCUGGAGCUCUGGCACCGCUGCACUGCCCUCAGUUCUGCAACAGGUGAACCUCCCCAUAGUCAGCCAGGAUACCUGCAAGACAUCCACUAACAUCAAACUCACUGACAACAUGUUCUGUGCAGGAUACAGUCCUGAAGACUCCAAGAGAGGGGAUGCUUGCGAGGGGGACAGCGGGGGCCCUUUUGUCAUGAAGAGCCCAGUAGAUAACCGCUGGUAUCAGGUGGGGAUCGUCUCAUGGGGAGAAGGCUGUGAUCGUGAUGGUAAAUACGGAUUUUAUACACAUGUAUUCCGCUUGAAGAAAUGGAUGCUAAAAACCAUCAACAAAUACGGGAAAUAAAGAAAGCAUCUGUCACA